ACCUCACACUAGCACGUUUCACUCACUCCUUUCUUUGUGUACAUAAAAUCUCCUUCUCCGGUUGUCCCUUUUCUCUGGUCAAAGCUUUCGCAUAAAUUCUGAUCUUGCCAUCAGAAAUCAGAAACCAAAGUUACAAAUUAUUUUCUGAAGCAGUUUACUCUAUGAGCAUUGAUUAUGAGAAAGAGGCUUGAACUCAACCAAAAAUCAAUGAAAAAGAGAAUUUGGAGAACCUUAACCCUACCAUGCGUGCUUCUGUUCUUGCUUCUUUUGGCGUUUCAGAUCAAGUGUUCCUCCUUCGUCACCUUCAACUGGGCACCCAGAAAAACUACUCCAGUAACAGAAACCGAACGAGAUAUGAUUGAAUUUGAAUUGAACACAAGCACACAAGGCACAGCGCUGAUGAAGGAAAUGGCUCCUCCACCGAGGCAAAUCACCUGCGACCGCUCCCAUUAUGCUUAUGACAUCUGCACCAUCCAUGUGGAAACAACCCUAAACCCCACCACUUCCACUUUUUUCAUCCAACAUCCCACCACCGUUGAUCCAAAUCAAACGGCCACAAAAAUCCGUCCUUAUCCUCGAAAAUUCGACGGCCCUGUAAUGUCAAGGAUCAAGGAGUUGACCAUAACCGCAGGCACACCAACCCCAUCGUGCCACGUGAAGCACGAAGACCCUGCCUUGGUAUUCAGUGCGGGAGGGUACACGGGAAACUUCUUCCACGACUUCAACGAUGGGUUCAUCCCGCUAUUUAUCACCCUCAAUUCUUUCUUCCAUGAUAAAGACGCGGUGCUUGUGAUUUCAAAGGCUCGUGAUUGGUGGGUCAACAAGUACGCAACUUUACUUCGUGAAUUUAGCAAGCACCCCAUCGUUGACCUAGAUAACGAUAACAAAACCCAUUGUUUUCCUGAUGCAACCCUGGGCCUCGUGUCACACGGAUUCAUGACCAUAAAACCAGAACUGAUGCGAAACCCUAAGUCGCUUCAUGAUUUUCAUGCAUUUUUAAGGAAAACAUAUGGUGCUAAUGACAACAAUGUCUCAUCCAGUAGUUUUCCACGACCUCGUCUUGUGUUGCUGAAUCGGUCGGGUGGGGACGGACGAUUGUUGCUAAACAUGGAAGAAGUGAAGUUGGAGAUGCAAAGGGUUGGUUUUAAUGUGAUUGUGUUUGAGCCAACAGCUACAACCCCAUUGAGCAAAGCUUUUGAAGUUGUUGGUUCAAGUCAUGCGAUGGUUGGGAUUCAUGGUGCGGCACUGACACACUCAUUGUUUCUGAAGCCAGGGUGUGUGUUGAUUCAAGUGGUUCCAUUAGGGUUGGAAUCGGUGGCUGAAAUGUGCUUCGGCAAGGUAGGUGAAAUGGGGUUGAAGUACAUGGAAUAUAGGGUUAGGGUUGAAGAGAGUAGCCUGGUUGAGAAAUAUGACAGGGAAGAUGUGAUGAUCAAGAAGCAAAGUGAUUUUGUGAAUGGGAGAGCAUGGAACGAAAGCACCAUGAAUGUUUAUUUGAAAGAGCAAAACCUGAGAUUGGAUUUGGUUAGGUUUAGGAAAUACCUCAAGAAAGCUUACAACAACGCAAAACAACUUAUAGGAUCGUAGAGUGACAACAUGGGGACUUGAAGAUUUAAUUAAAUUUUGAGUAUUUUAUAGAUUUAACUAUUUUUAAUUAAAAUUUUGUA